UUGAAGAUCAUUUAAUUGUGAAUCAAGUUUGUCACAUAUCUUGUAAUAGAUUAGCUUUAUUAUAUCCUUGUAUUCAAUAUUUGUAUUUAUUAGGAUAAAUGAUAUGGGGCCAAUGUGUCAGGCCCAUAUCAGGUUGAAAACCUUUCCGCCAACCCUAUACCUGCGCGUAUAAAAAGGCGCUUCAGGUUAAGGGUUGCGUUAACUUUCGUACUCGUUCCAAAUAGCCUUAGCGCAAUAUUCUUCUCUGUACGAGUUCACGGUAUAUCAAGGAAGGUUAUCAUCGAUCAUCUUGUGUUCAUCUUUAUCGUUAAUCUUCUACUUGUUAUACUAUUAAUCUUUGCUGUAGUAGAAAACAGGGACUAACAAAUUGCAAGUUUUGAAAUCUCAGAUUACCUACUUCCUAAUGCCAUUCCACCACAUCUUCAAGCCCAAGCCGAACAACCCGAACAAAUCGAGCAUCAAGAAGCCCAAGAAAAUGCCCAACAUGAUAUCCCUGACCCCCCUCAAAACCCACCACCACAAGACAUUCUCCAACAACUUUUGGCGGGUCAACAAUCCCUCCUAACCGGAUUUCAAAACAUGGGCCUCGAAUACACAAGAAUGGGAGGACAAUUUGCCCAUCUUCAAGAAGAAAUUGGCCACUAUUGGGAGGAGAAAAGGGUAAGGGAUCAAAGAAUAGAGGAGUAUCGGGCAGAGCAACAAGCGGCUUUCCAAAGAAUGGAGGAGCUACGGCAAGCUGACCUCCAUCGCUAUGAAGAAGACUAUCGUAGGACUUAUGGUCCUAUGUACUCAUAUAUCCCCCAUCACAUGAAUUUCUCUUCUAUGGACGCUCCUCCCCCACUCAAUGGGGUAACUUUGGAGGUUCAAGCUCCGGUGGUGGGGGCUAUGAUGGCGGGAUGAGUGGCGAAACCACUAUGGGUGAAGAAGGCGGCACCGGCGGCACCGGCGGAGGCUUUGGAGGAAGCUUUUAUGGUGGCGAAGGUGGGCAUUAGGGACAAUGCCUCAAUCUAAGAAGGGGGAGACCACUCAUUGGACAUCAUCUUUUGGAGAAAGAGGAAGUGAAGAAGAAGAAGAAGAAGAAGAAGAAGAAGAAAAAGGAAGAAGAAACAAAGUGCAUGGAAGAUAAAAAAACUCAAGAAAAUGUUGUUUUGAAUAACUCAUUUGCAAACCUUGGUGAUCUUAUGUUCUUUGUUUUUGUUCUUGAACUUAUGAAGAUUUGUUGAGACACUUGUGAACAUUUUACUUUACUCGAGGACGAGUAAGGAAACUAAGUGUGGGGGAGUUGAUAAUCG